ACGAACCGCUGCGCAGAUGUGCGUGAAGAGGACAGCGCAGGUUGUAACAGUGAGAGAGAAACACCCGAGACGGAGGCACGAAGAGCUGAAAACAGGAAAGAUGUCGUAUGCCAAUGACAAACUGUACAAAGGAUACAUGCGGCGGAAUAUGCCGACCAUUGUGAGCCAGGUGAAAGUGAGAGAAAUAGUGACCCAUCUGCCCUGCCUGACUGAUCACGACAGGGAAACCAUUGAGGCAAAAAGAGAGACUUGUGGGAACUAUGACAGCAUGGUGCUUCUUCUGGACUGUCUGAAGAGAAGAGAGAGCUGGCCGGAGCAGUUCAUCAGAGCACUCGAGGAGCUCGAGUUUACAACUUUGGCAGCGGAGAUUAGAGCAGAAUACAACGCUCUGAAAGGCACUAACAAUUCCAACCCCAGCUCCCCUCCGACAACUGUCAUAAGGGCACACGUCCACCCGGCACCAUCUGCCAGUCAACUGUCCAUCCCGGAGAGUGGUGGAAACAGUCAGGUUGAUGUUGCUCCGCCAACUGAAGCAUCAGCUUCCCCAGAGCCAGCUGCCCAGCCUUCACCUCCUGUGGAAAUCCCUGUGCAGCCACAAGCCCCCCCAGCAGCUCAAGUUCCUGAGGCUGUUGCCCCACCCGAGCUUGUCGCCGAGCCUCCACAGUCAGCUCAAAUUGAAGCGGCACCUGCUCCAUCGACACCUCCUCCUUCGCCUGAACCCCCACGCACUCCGCCGACUGCCACCCCGCCGCCUCAGAGGGAGAUUCAGUCUCACCAGGAGCCGGUGGAAAACUCUGAAUUAGACAUCCAGGAUAUCUCUGGUGAGAAUGGCGUGAUCCCUGAUCAGGUGAGCGCAGAAGACGGCGAGGUGUCGAUCAACUCUGUGGACACUCCUCCACCGUCCCAUCCUGUUGAGGAGUGUGAAACAGAUUCUCUCCAAACAACCACCACCACAGAGGCUGGGCCCCCACGGAGUCCCUCUCCGACUCAGAUAGACUCAGACGUGACCGAUGGAUCCUCUUUCGCCACGUUGACCCCAGAGAAGCCUCCAGUCCAGGACACCACCCCUCCUGUGGACAUAAAACCUGCUGCUGCUGUCCUGCAGCCUGAAGAGACUUCUGAACCUCCCAUUACUCAGGUUCUUGAAAGCAGCCCGCAGACAGAAACUGCGGCUACAACCUCCCCGAUUCUUCCUGCUGCUGAGAUGGACGCCUCUCUCCUUGAUGACAGCAAUGUCUGUAUGAGCAAACCUGGCGUUCUCAUCAGCAUCCAGCCACAAAAUGACAGCAGCUCUACUAUCCCUGCACCCGACUCCCCGGAGGCGCCAUACUCGGGUGACAGCGAGCGUUUGGAAAUGAGCGAAGCUGCUGUGACCUCUACCCACGUCCCUGCAUGCUCUGCUGUCAUCUCCGACGCCGUGGAUACAGACACUGGGCUGCCAUGCCAGGAGAACGGCAUCGCCCUUAACCAUAACGAACCGGAGGAAAACCACUACGAGUCUCCGUGUCCGAGUUUAGAUAUGCAGGAGGUUCGGGUGAACGUGGUGCAAAUAUCCGAGGAGCCGUCUAUCCUCAACCUAGAGGGCCAAAACCCAGGCGCACCAGCUCAAAGCAUCAAUGGCGAAGCUGCCAAAGAGAUCACCUCUGCACCGCCACUAUCCACAGACGGAGCUGAUGCUGUAUCAAGUGUAAACACCCCCUCCAGUGAGACCUGUCACCCCUCCGAGCCUGCACCAGCUGAUAUUACAGAGGAGAAGACUCCCUCUCGCGCCCUGCCAGCUAAUACAAAGUACAUUCUGACCGCCGCAGGAGUGGGCGCCUGUGCACUGCUGAUGGCGUGGAAGUUUAAGAAUUAAAGGGGAUUUAAUACCUUUAAAGGAAGAGAAGAUUAGGCUUUAAAGCUUUGGAAAGAGGAUCUUAAGGGUAUGGUGCCUUAUUGUAGUGACUGGCCUGGGAUGGCAUCAGGCAGCUGUUUAAUAAUUACCUGUAGUAAUAAUAGCUGACUUGCCAGACCUUUGAUCAUGUCUUUAAAUACAAGUUAAAAAGUUGGACUAUAUUUGAUCAUUUUACUGUUGAAUGAAGUUGACCCUUGUGAGCAAAAAACCAAAUCUACCCCUCUUAUUCUUAUUAUGGAACUGGGUUGAGAUCUCAGGUUAUUUAUGGUCUUGCUGCAUAUAUGUGGUCAGUCAAGGUACGCCGAUGUAUUAAUGAGAGAAAUGUUUGUAUGUUCACUCGUCUGAUAAGCACUUUCAAGAUAAGACUGUUGGUUGUCAUCCAGUGAGGAUUAGUGUACCAAGGACCUGAAUUUGUGGGGAAUGGUGCUGUAAAUGACGGCUAGUGCACUGUCUGUAUUUAUUUGUACAUAUAUAUACGCUAUAGAUAUUAAAUUCUGUAUUUUAAGAAAAACUGAUACCCUUAAAACAUUCCAAAGCAGUCAUGAUGUCUUCGAUAUUGAGCCUGCAAAGAAUCAUAGUCCUGAUCAGUUGCUCCCAAAUACUUUAAAACCAUUGCACUCCUUGACAGUGAUUUUUCUUUCAUGGCACCGCCCUGUUUCUUUCUGAGCCAGAGAGUGUGUUGUGUAAAUAUGACAAGUGGCAACAGAACAGUCAGCUGUCCUGUCAUUAGCUGCAUAUUUAUCAUAGUUUUUAAAAUUGUUAUUGCUUAUUUCUUCCAUUUUAAUGUUUGAGAACGUAUUAUGAAAAUGUAGUUAAUGUAAACUAUUUUUAUGCGAUGAGAUGGUAUUAAUAAUGUACAAUAAAAACAGGAAAUGAGCUAAUCUUGGCACCCACUCUGGCAACCACCUUGUGCUGCUUUCUGGCUUUUACCUGGUGUAAAUGUUAGAGAUGACAUUUUAUUUUUUCUUGGGAUUUAUUCUCCUUUAAAUAGAAACAAGUUUGUGUCAUGUUCUGUGAAAUAAGAUUUUAUUGUGCAUAGCAUUGUCAGUACAUGAAGUGUGAAAAUGAAAUUUAGAAGGUUUUGCACAUUUUAGGAGGAUAUUUGAGCGACAAAGAUGUGUUUUUAGAUUACAUGUAUUGUCAUUAUGAUACAUGGAAAUUGUAAUUAAGUUUUAGCUUUUAUGCUCUUGUGUCUAGCUAUGCACUGGAAAAUCAUGUAAAUAAAACUGAUAUUAUUACAAAAAA